CCGCAGCAGCAGCAGCCGGGCGGUGGUGGCGGCUGCCGGCAGCUGUCAGCGCCCGCUCUGCCGGCGCCGACCACCGCGGCCCUGCCAGCGCCUUGCGGGAGGCACUGAGUGCGCCGUGGUGCUGAUUCGCUUCUUUCUCACCUUCCCUCCCUCUCUCCGGUCCUCUCUCCCCCCCAAAAAACCCUUUUCCUUCCUCCCUUCCGCCCGCCCAUCGCUGACAUCCUCCUCCGGCCGCCUCCCCGCCCCGGGCUGCGCGGCCCCUGCCGCCCCAGCGAGCGCUGCGCACAUCACUCGAGCUGCAGCACCGAGCGAAUGUAUGAAAACAUGUCCACAAUGGUGUAUUUAAAAGAAGAGAAGUUGGAGAAGCUUACUCAAGAUGAAAUCAUUGCCAAAACUAAGCAAGUGAUUAAUGGACUAGAGGCACUGAAGAAUGAACAUAAUUCAAUUUUACAGAGCUUACUUGAAACGCUGAAAUGUUUGAAGAAAGAUGAUGAAACUAAUCUGGUUGAAGAAAAAUCAAACAUGAUUCGAAAGUCACUGGAAAUGCUGGAGCUUGGCCUUAGUGAAGCACAGGUAAUGAUGGCCUUGUCAAAUCACUUAAAUGCAGUGGAAUCAGAGAAGCAGAAAUUGCGGGCUCAGGUUCGCCGGCUAUGCCAGGAAAAUCAGUGGCUACGGGAUGAACUGGCCAAUACACAGCAGAAACUACAGAAAAGUGAGCAGUCUGUAGCUCAGCUGGAGGAAGAAAAGAAACAUCUAGAAUUCAUGAAUCAAUUAAAAAAAUAUGAUGAUGAUAUUUCACCAUCAGAGGAUAAAGAUACGGAUUCCACCAAAGAGCCCUUGGAUGAUCUGUUUCCCAAUGAUGAAGAUGACCAAGGACAAGGAAUUCAACAGCAGCAUAGCAGUGCAGCAGCUGCUGCCCAACAAGGUGGCUAUGAAAUUCCAGCGAGAUUACGGACCCUACAUAAUCUUGUUAUCCAGUAUGCUUCCCAAGGUAGAUAUGAGGUUGCUGUACCUCUCUGUAAACAAGCUCUUGAAGAUCUGGAGAAGACUUCAGGUCAUGACCAUCCUGAUGUUGCCACUAUGUUGAACAUACUUGCUUUGGUGUACAGAGACCAGAACAAAUACAAAGAUGCAGCAAAUCUCCUGAAUGAUGCCUUGGCCAUCCGUGAAAAGACUUUGGGCAAAGAUCAUCCAGCGGUGGCAGCAACUCUUAACAAUCUUGCAGUACUCUACGGUAAACGGGGGAAGUACAAAGAAGCGGAACCGUUGUGUAAGCGAGCUCUGGAAAUCAGAGAAAAGGUCCUGGGGAAAGAUCACCCUGAUGUUGCCAAGCAAUUAAAUAACUUGGCUUUGCUAUGCCAGAACCAGGGUAAAUAUGAGGAGGUUGAAUAUUACUAUCAGAGGGCACUUGAAAUCUACCAAACUAAGCUGGGACCAGAUGAUCCAAAUGUUGCAAAAACAAAGAACAAUCUGGCAUCCUGCUAUCUAAAACAGGGCAAGUUUAAGCAAGCGGAAACCUUAUACAAAGAGAUUCUUACUCGCGCUCAUGAACGGGAGUUUGGCUCUGUAGAUGAUGAAAAUAAGCCUAUCUGGAUGCAUGCAGAAGAGAGGGAAGAAUGCAAAGGAAAGCAAAAAGAUGGCACAUCUUUUGGAGAGUAUGGUGGCUGGUACAAAGCUUGCAAAGUUGACAGUCCAACAGUAACAACUACUUUAAAGAACCUUGGGGCACUUUACAGACGACAGGGCAAAUUUGAAGCUGCUGAAACAUUAGAAGAGGCAGCAAUGAGAUCUCGUAAACAGGGUCUUGACAAUGUUCACAAACAGAGAGUGGCUGAGGUGCUGAAUGACCCUGAGAGCGUAGAGAAGCGGCGGAGCAGAGAAAGCCUCAACGUGGAUGUGGUAAAGUACGAGAGUGGCCCUGAUGGCGGCGAGGAAGUGAGUAUGAGCGUAGAGUGGAACGGGGAUGGCACUGGAUCUCUAAAGCGCAGUGGUUCCUUUAGCAAGCUCCGAGCCUCCCUUAGACGCAGCAGUGAGAAGCUGGUUAGGAAGCUGAAGGGAGGAAAUUCCCGGGACAGUGAACCAAAGAACCCAGGCAUGAAGCGUGCCAGUUCUCUGAAUGUUCUUAACAUGGGUGGCAAGGCUACUGAAGAUCAUUUUCAAGAACGAAAUAAUUGUCUGACAGAUUCGCGAGCUCUGAGUGUCAGUCAUUCUGAUCUGGCGCACUGAGAUUUGGGACAGAAGCUAGCUAAUAUUCCUGUGUGAAUAAAGAAGCACUGAGACCUUCAAAGCUUUGGUUCUUCAUCCUUGUGUAUAGGGACACCUAGUUUAUAGAUGAUGUUGGUUUUUUCCCAAUGGACUGCUGUUUUUACUUUUUAAAUAGGGACAGUUUUAAACACAGCAUUAGUGGGUGUUUUCUUCUAAGGGAAAACUAUAGAAACAUAUUGCUCAUUGCACUGCUCCUGUUCAUGCUACUUACAUAAAUUUCUUUAAUAGAUCUGACUAUUACAGCAGCCAAAAAAAAAAAAAAAAAAGUAAAAAUGCAGACACAUUCAAAGCAUACCAAAAUGCAACAGUGUUGGCAAAUGCAAGCAAAAUUAAAUGUGUGGCAGUAAAUACAUACAGUGCUGGAAUGAGAAAUGGAUAAAUUUAUGUGCAUUACUGUAGAAGUUCCAGUUGAGCAUUCAGUAGUGGUGGGGUUUGCCCUUGCACCACUGAUCCUUGUAAUGGUAGAAGCCUUGGCUGGCAAAACAGCACUUAGACACGACUGACUUAACCACUAGACUGAGCUAUUAAAUCUUACAGAAGUGAUGGUUGGGGGUAAGUUACAUUUAGAUAGAAUGAAUAGCAACACCUGUGACCAUAGCUUUUGAUAAUGUAAGUCUUAGGGCACAAUAAUCAAUGGAUAUAGGACGGUUUGUGUACAUCAGGAGAAAUGGAAAAACCCUUUACUUUGUGUGAUUGAAGAAUACUCAAGUUUCGGACUGCAACUGUCCCAGAGCAGCUGCUGCUGCUCUCAGGGAAACAUCGAGCCUCAGGUUGACUUUCUCGCUUGUCCACUGGAAUUCACAAUCCCAUUCUCUCUUUGCUGAAAGUGCCCAAUGUUUCCUUGUGCUGAUCCCAAAUCCUGCCUUUCUCCAUACCAGCUGGUGACAGCAGAAGCAGGCACCUGCACGUCGGGAUGUCACACUGCGGAGUGGCUGCUCUGCAAGGACUACUCCGUGCUAAGGGCCCUCGUGGAAGCGCUCAGUGGCCGUAAGUGGCAAGUGACCUGUGUGACCACAUAUCCAUGUUAAAUCCACUUAGUUAAUAUAUAUAUGCUGUCUGUAUACAGGACUGCUGCUGGAACUAUGUAUGUUUUAAGGAUUUUAUAGACAUUAGGAUUUCCUUUUGCUUUUCUGUAAAGCUUGUAAUUUUGUUCAUCUUUUGUAAAAAUUCUUAUUUGUGUGAAGUUGGAUGAGAAAGUAAAACCAAGCAGUGUGUGUACAAAUGUAUUUGUGGUCAUAGUUGCGAGUUGGAAAAUGUCGAACAAAAUUAACUUUGGGAAAAGCUGGAAAAUUCAUUCAAGGUCAGCACCAGCUGAAGGAGGUAAAAUAUAGGAACAUAUGCAAGUUUUAGUAUUUGAACAGGCUGUGAAAAGUCAUUAGAAUUAGUACUUAAUAGGAGUAUUUGACUGGGUUUGCACCUGGUUUUAAGUUGGUUACAGUAACUGAUGCAAAAAGUUGUCUGUGUAAUGCACUUAACAAUGUUUACCAGGAGGUACCGUCUGAGCAUCUCUGCAGAGGAAGCUGCGCAUGGUGCACCUGCUUUAGAGACAGUGUAGGAAUGGUGAGAGACAAUGCUGCUAAUAAUUAUGUAGAAGUUUUAGCACAUAGUGCAAUUCAUUAAUGAACUUGAGCAGGAACAGGUUGUUGCUCGGUUAUCCUAACAAUAGAUACUCAUAUAAUGUUGACUCUUGAGUUUUAAUCUUUUUAUUAAGAGCUUUUUAUAUUAAAAAAAUAUGUAAUAUAUAUACUUCUUUUUUUCCCCCUAAAGUAAAAUGUGUUGUAUGCCCCCACUGGUGAAUUGGGCUCUCUGCACAAAGGCAGACUGAGCUGGCUUUGCUAAAGAACCGUGUCAGGCUGCCAGGCCGGGGGUGCCCAUGUCCAGCCCCUGCUCCGGCCAGGAGCUGCUCCCUGCAGAUGCCCUCAGCAGUCCCUGUUCCGCACCAGUUGCUCCUGGUGCUGGAGACACCCACAAAAGUCUGGCUUCCAAAAAACCCCACAGAACUAUUCAGACACAGAACUGGUUUGGUAAUAAGGAAUUACUUAAACUGAAAGAUGUGAUUCCCACAUUCGUCUUUCAACUUUGAAGGAAAAUUAUUUUUUGCAACCUUUCAGAAAAGACCCCAACCCUGUGUAAAUAGCAAUAAAUUAUGUAACCAUGCCAAAUGACAGUGUACAGUAAGUUUCAAAGUGCAAGACUGUGGUAUGUUGAUGGUGAUAGUGAGGGAACUUUAUUGGUCAGGAUCUUGCUGUGGGUGGCAUUACUAAUACUGUGCUUUUAAAUGUUUUAAUCCUUUAUAUAGUAUUUUAAAGUGUGAUGGAAGCUUAAGUUGUUGAGCUAAUGCUUAUUAAACAAUUCUUAUAUUUAAGAGGUUAAUUUUUUUUUCCUGAGAAGAAACAAAAUUCAAGACUUCUUUAAUCCAUAAAACCCUGAGAAUAGUAGCCAGGUCCUUACUGUUAGGAGCCAGUGAGCUGUUUGCAGUUUGAGAACUUGUAAAAAAAGAAAAACCAAAUUAAAGUCAACAUUCCCUGUGUUUGAAUCAUGAAUGAGUUACUGUCAGGACAUGGUUUGUAUACAUUUAUAUUUCAGACAGGCUUCUCAGUUCACUUUUAUGCAAGAUUUGCUUUCUGGGUUUCCCCUUGUAAGGUUCCAGUUGUAGCUAAGAGUCUGCAUAAAGAAUAUAUCCAAAAUAUCCAAUUUUAUCUUUCUGGGAUGUUUUCAGCACCAAACUAAACAGCUCUGAUGAAACAGAAAACUGGAAAAGACCUUCAGAAUUGACAGAUACCUUGUUAGGAAAACUGCAGCCUUGGUAGUGCAGGUUGUUUUUAAUCUGGCUUUUUUGUCCUUGACUAAAAUUUGAAGGGUGAACUUGAAUAAAAACAUAAUGAGGACUCCACGUUAGGCCUCAGAUUCUCCUGCAAACAGUGGUGAGUGGGUGUACAGCAGGAUGUGGGAUGAAUUGUACAUGGAAAUGUUACUGAUAGAAGGUGCCUGUUGCCCUUCUGUCUCUGGUUGUGUGCUCUAUUGGCAAUAUUUGGUCUUGAGUUUAGAUCUUACUAAAUAGUCUUGUAAAAUGUAGUUGUUUCAUGAUUUGCUCCUCUCCUAGAGGAGUAACUGACCUAUUGCUGUGGUGUGUCUGCACUUACACAAUGCAGAAAGUGUCAGUUACCUACAAUUCGUACUUUUUCUUACAGUAAAUGACACCCUCGUCCCCCAAGCAUUCCUGAAUCGUAGUAAAUUAAAAUGGUUUUGAGCUUGAAAAGUAAUUGUACUUAAAUUGUAUCAUUUGAAUCCAGAGAUCUUGGAAAUGGUGUGGUUCUGUUGUAAAUAUCUAUUAAAAGGGGUGUGCAGUGCUGCAUUGACAGUGUGUUUACAGUAGUUGCUGAGUUGAAGUUCCUUUGGUUCUCGUUACGCAGGUCACGUGUUGUGUGUGAGGGCUGCUAAGAGAAUGGCAUUUUUGGUCAUGUAAGUGUGUACUGAGAAUAAAUGUUAACAGAUGUGAUGCUGAGAAGUUUAGUUUCCUUGUCAUCGAUUUACAGAAAUACAUGGGGGGGGGUGUAAAUGUUUAGAAUUGAGGAAAAUCUCAAACAUCUACACUGGAUUAUUUUUUUCCCCUAAAACCAUUCGCAGUUGUGCCAGUACAUUGAAUAGUUAAGGUCAGUAGUUAAAAAAAAAAAAAAAAGCC